AUGGAUGAUGUUGAUUUAAAUAUUACCUAUAUUAUUCUUGAUGGUCAUGUGGAAAUUGACAAAUACAGAUAUGUCUACUUUUUUGUCUUGAUAUCAGUAUAUAUUCUAAUAAUCUGCAGCAAUUCUACUAUUGUUUACCUUAUUUGGAUAGAUAAAAACCUCCAUGAGCCUAUGUACAUUUUCAUUGCAGCUUUGCUACUGAACUGUAUUCUUUACAGUACUACUGUUUAUCCAAAGCUCCUGAUCGACCUUUUAUCUAAAAAACAGAUCAUCUCAUAUUCUGCCUGCCUCUUUCAGUUUUUUGUAUUUUACUUUUUAGGGAGUGCAGAAUUCUUUCUCUUGUCAGCUAUGUCCUAUGACAGAUAUGUGUCUAUAUGUAAACCUCUGCAAUAUCCAAAUAUCAUGACAACAACCACUGUGAGAAUGUUCCUGGUUAUGGCUUGGGUUAUACCUGCUGGUCAUAUUGCUGUUCCUGCAAUACUGAGCGCACAAGCAAAACUGUGCAAGUUCAAUUUAAAAGGAGUAUUUUGUAACAAUGCAGUUUAUCAUCUUCAGUGUGUAGAAUCAAGAUCCAUUACUAUAUUUGGAGUGAUUUGUUUAUUGGAUCUUGUAGUAUUUCCUAUGCUCUUCAUAGUUUUUACAUACACCAGGAUACUUAUAAUAACCUACCGAUGUUCUAGAGAAGUGAAAAAGAAAGCUGCAGAAACCUGUUUACCACACCUGUUGGUAUUGAUCAGUUUCUCUAUUUUGAGUGCAUAUGAUGUUAGCAUAGCUCGUGUGGAAUCUAAUCUUCCAAGAGCUGCACGUUUAUUAAUGACUUUACAAAUAGUUCUGUAUCACCCUCUGUUUAAUCCAUUUAUAUAUGGACUCAAAAUGAAGGAAAUAUCUAAACACUUGAAAAGAUUGUUAUGUCCCGGCAAAUUCAUCUGA